AUGUGUGAAUGGUGUGUGAAUGUUCUUGUACGGCUAUUCAUUUCUUUGUUCUUCUGUCAUAUCUUUUUCUAUUUUUUCUCUCUCUAUCUCUUUAGCUUCCUUCCGUUCCUUUCCCUUCCUUUGGGGAGCUUGGCUCCCAAUAGUACAUUAUUAUUAUUCAUUAUGGAUAGUAUAGCGAAAGGAAUAAGAGGGCGUGGGAGGGACACCCACGCUACGGCGGUGUCAGGUGGUGGUAAGGCUGACCAUCCGUCGUCGUCAACCAGUAACUGCCAGGAACUCGGGGUAGGCAACCUGGCCCCGGCUCUGGAUACUGCAUCAGGAAGGGUACCACAGGUAGGCGACCUGGCCUGCGGUGUGUUUAAAGCGCCAGGAAGUGGAUGUGUAAGUAGCGAAGAAAGCCACUUGGAGGAGUGGCAAAGAGCUGCCAGGGCCGUUGAAAGCAUACGGCUCUCCGGCUUGACGUCACCAAACCAGGUAAGAAAGCACAAACGUGCGAGGCCCGUGAUCUACUCGUCUGAGGAAGAGGAGUCGAGGAUAGACUGGCCCUUGCUAAGUUGGGAAGGAUCGGCAGAGACCCCCUUGUCUCAGGUGGAGACUGGUAGGCUGCUGGAUAACAUCAGGGAAGUUACCUUAGAUGCCGAAAACGCUAGGUUGAAAUGCCGCAAUCUUAAAGGGGACAUUUCAGGGAUUAUGAAACGUUCCUUUAAAAAAACGCUGGAAUCAGUUAAGACUCUAAGUGGGAGGCUUCAAAUCGGAGCAGAUGAUCCUCCAUCAGCCAAGGAAACCAUUGCGCAGUUAAAGGCAGAACUUAGGGCCAAGGUUCUGUGCAUUAGGGAGCUGAAGAAUGAAGUUGCCUGUUUCAAGAAAGAAAAGAAGAAAGCAUCGAUAAACCCCUUGGCUGAGAGGAGCCAAACAAGGACUCCGGAAAUGCAGCAGCUGGCGUCCGCCUCUCGGACUGGAAGGUGGAUGAGGCUGAGUUCCUGUCGGACCAUUUCUAUGUUAUAUUUAGCUAUAGUCACGAGGCCACAGGGGUCCAAAAUUCUCGCCCAUAACAUAAAAAGCCCCCUCGUUGGAAGGUUAACUCCCUGGAUGAGGACUACUUGGUUGCGGCCUUCAUUUCAGGGGAGUGGACGGGUGGAACUAUGUGCGGGGGGAAUACGGCCAGUGUGGACUGUGCAGACAAACUGGUGAAAUGGGCAUAGUCUACACUGAAACAAGCGUGCGACAUAGCCAUGUCCCGGGUGAGAGGACAAACCCGCGGUAGUAAAAGUACUUACUGGUGGUCAGACGAACUAACGAACCUUAGGGCCAUUGCGACGGCCACAGUAAGGAAACUUUCCAGAGUCAGGAAAAGGAAAAACAGGAAGGAAAUAGUGCGGUGUCUGAACGCCCGAAGGAACGCAUGGAGGGCACUGACUAGGGCUAUUAAGGAAGCCAAGAAGAACUCCUGGAGGGACCUGCUGGACUCUAUAGAGGAUGAUCCAUGGGGCAGACCUUACAAAUUGGUCUUGGGAAAACUCAGGCCUUAUGCCCCAUCAGUAACUGAAACCCUGGAGGAUGAGGUACUGGAGAAUAUCCUCUUUGAACUAUUCCCAGGAGGACCGGGAACUGAUGAGCCGCAGGAACCUGCACUCUCAGAGAUGACUAUCUCUGCGGAGGAGGUCUUGGCUGCCGCCAGAAAAGGAAAAGGAAGGAAGGCUCCUAAACUGGAUGGGAUACCGGGUGUGAUUGUGCGUGCUGCGUCGUCACAUUGUGGGGAAGGGUUGGCGCAGUGCUUCUCCGCAUGCUUGAGGACAGGAAGGUUCCCGACAGCGUGGAAGAUAGCGAGGCUCGUCCUGAUCAAAAAGAAAAGGGACGCGCCUCAGGACUCACCGGGAUCAAAUAGACCCAUAUGCGUGAUUGGCGAACUGGGAAAACUAUUCGAGUGCAUAGUUGUUGGCCGGAUCAACAGUUUCUUAGAAGAGACUCAGACCCUGGCGCCAUCGCAGUAUGGGUUUAGGACGGGCAGAUCCACUAUAGAUGCCAUCCUCGAUGUUAAAAUAUUUGUGGAGGCAUUGACGCGGGACAGGAAAGUGGUUAUACUGGUGAGUCUGGAUAUCUCUAACGCAUCGUUAGGGCGUUGGAGCGAAAAAACUUUCUACGCUACCUGGUGAGCAUAAUCAGGAGUUACUUAGACAAUCGCGCCAUAACAUAUACAGACAAACAUGGACGCGCCGUGGAAAGACAAGUGUAUUGUAGGAUCCCACAGAGAUCCGUUUUGGACCCUAUGUUGUGGAACAUUGCCUAUGACAAUGUUCUCCGAACCCCGAUGCCAGGUGACUCCCGUGUUAUCUGUUAUGCGGAUGACACGGCCCUCCUGUCAUUGGGAUAGGUCCUCAGGCUAUCUCAGGCUAUCAUGAACGCCGAGCGGGACUUGGACGUUUUGGUAGAGGAGAUCGAGGGAUUGGGUCUUAAAGUGGCGCCGCAAAAGACGGAGGCCAUGACCUUCCCUGCCUCUGCCUUUUGCAGACGCAGGAAUGCAUCGCCCCCUAAGAUCUGGCUUAGAGGGGUUCACAUAGAAAUUAGAACCAGCGUUAAGUACCUGGGCAUAAUAUUAGACUCAAGGAUGUCGUUCAUGUCCCAUUUCGAGGCACUAAUCCCUAAAGCGGAGGGUAUCCUCCGGUCCUUUAGGAGGCUCCUUCCGAACCUUCACGGACCGGGGGAGAAGAAGCGAUGCCUCUACGGCGGCGUGAUCCACUCGGUGUUCCUUUAUUGGGCGCCGGUGUGGUGGCGCGUCGUCGUGGAGGACGUGAGGAUCGGGCGGGCUAUUUGGAGCCUCCAGAGGAAGGUGGCGAUCCGGGUGUGUUGUGCCUAUAAAACGGUCUCCUUCCACGUAGCUAUGAUGAUUACGGGGAUUAUUCCUCUCGUUCAUCUGACACCUCAGCUGGUGGAGACGUAUGUGGCUGUUAGGGACGCAGAGGAACCUGUUCUCCCUUGUACUAAGGCUGUAUUGGGUGUUCUUGCCAGAAGGAGGGUAAUAGAAGCGUGGAAAAGUGAGGAACUUGGGCACGUAGAAUCACCAGCAGCAACGGGAGUGCGUGCGAGGGCGACUAUUACCGAAUGGUUAGCUGAGUGGAUUGGGAGGCCGUUCUCUAUCGGAACGACAUUUCACACCACACAACUGAUGACCGGCCAUGGCUGUUUUCGGCGUACCUAUAUAAAAUAAGAAAGAUUCCCUCCCCACGUUGUUUCUACUGCGGGAGGAGUGAGGAUACGGCGGAACUCACCCUGGUAGAAUGCCCGACGUGGACGGAUGCCAGGAAUGAGCUGAUUGGUGCGAUGGGGGGAGGGUAGCUAAUCAUUCCCAUGAUAGUCAGGGAACUAUUAGUCUGAUAGUCUCCCUGACUGUCCCGGGGUGAUCCUUACCUCCGAUAAUAGAGGAGGACGCCGAGCAAGACCAAGAUACAUCCCGGGAACUAUCAGAAACAACCCUAGAAAUAGGCUACGCCCCAUCGGCAACUUUCGAAGGGGACAACACACUCGAAACCACUGCCGCGAUAGGCGCGGAUCCUCAACUCGAGGCACCGCGGGUCACUUUAGCAGAAACCGGCGCAUCCACCCGCGGUAUCGAAAUGACUUCGGCUAAGGCCCCCCCUCCCGUAAAUCGUGCGUUCUCAAAAAUUCAUUUAUUGCAGCUAAAUAUGGGACUUUCUAAAAUGAUAACGGGCGAAAUGCGCAAACUGAUUAGCCAAAAGCGCUUGGACGCGCUGCUUCUACGGGAGCCAUACAUCCAAAAGCAAGGGACAGGAUACGAGAUUAUAGAAUUAGGCAACGGGACAAGAAUUGGUGCCAUUUGCGAUGAAAGACCAUGGUCUGUGGUAGCGGCGACCAAGCCAAACAUCACGUUGCUGUUUAUCUGGCAGCUCAGCACUUCGCACUGCGUCUGUGCAGAAGUACAAGCACCCGGCCCCUCCUUUUACGUCGUCUCGCACUACUUUCAGUACAGCGAUGAAAUAGAGGAGCACUUUAGGCACUUGGAAACAGUACUUUGUACUUUGUACUGCCCUAAAGGGAGAGAGAGUAAUAGUAUCACUGGACGCCAACGCGCGAUCUCCUCUCUGGGGCCUUCAGGGCACAGACGAAAGAGACUCGAAGUUAGAAGUCCUCAUCCUAAAAGUUAUUAACGACGUAAAGCAGCCACCCACAUUCUGGACGACGAGAAGCUCCUCAUAUAUCGACGUAACCCUCUCGUCGCACUCCAUGAGCUGACUUAUUGGCCAAUGGAAAGUAAGAACAGGCUGGACGUCCAGCGACCACAAUUCAAUAGACAUCGCGUUAUAUCACCCGAAAGCCGAGUCGGGUCGGUGGGACGGUGCUCGGGGCGUGGGGACAGGAGGUUUAAUACCAGGAGAGCCGACUGGGACCUGUUCGCUGAGCGUUUGCUCUCUCUCACCGCGGCAAGGCUCGAGGGAAGCAGUUUAGGAUCGGCUUCAGAAGUAGAGACACGAGCCAACAUGCUUAUUAGUGUCCUACAAACCGCCUGCUCUGAAUCCAUGCCCCGGAAAAAGGCUCACUGGAAGUCCAAACCAUGGUGGAUAUCAGCGCUAACGAACAAGAAAAAACCGGUAGCUAGGUUGAGACGCGUGCUCCAGCGAGAAAAUGAAUAUCAGGCAUGCCUCGAGUUAAUGCACGAGUAUCGUUCUACGAUGCGGGUAUACAGUAAAGAAGUGCGACGUGCCAAAUUAGUUAGUUGGAGGGAAUUCGUCACGGAACAGGGCAACACGGAACCGUGAGGGUACGUUUACAAACAACAGGCGGGCAAACUACGCGUCGAAAGAUUAAUUAAUACUCUUAAACGAGACGGAGAAAAGACAAUGAACGUCCAAGAAACGGCUAGAGUCCUCCUCAAUACGCAUGUCCCUCUCUUCACGGAGGAAGAGGUCGCGCGGGUCAUAGAGUCCCUUAAAAACGGCAAAGCCCCUGGACCAGAUCUUAUCGAGGUGUGUGUGUUCAAAAGAGCAUUCGCUGUCAUCCCAUCCCAAUUCGUAGACCUUUUCAAUGAAUGCCUUCAAUGAGAUAUCUUCCCGCCUAUUUGGAAAGAGAGCUCCUUAAGAGCACUCCUGAAGGGCGACAACAAAGACGUGGAAGACUCCAAGUCCUACCGACCGAUAUCCCUUCUCUCCGUCAUAGGGAAGGUUCUGGAAAGGCUGCUGAAGUUGCACCUCACCGAAACCUCCCUCGCGCUAGGAAAAAUAUUGGACAAACAGUUUGGGUUUGUCCAAGGACGUUCCACAGAAGACGCAAUCGUAGAGAUGCGUCGAAUCGUUUCUGCCUCUUCACGAAGAUAUGUCAUCGCGUUGUUAUUCGACAUCUCGGGAACCUUCAACAACGUUUGGUGGAAUCUAGUUAUCAAGGCUCUUCAAGAUCGGGACUGCCCGAGGAACGCCUUUAAAGUGAUGACAAGCUAUUUCGCAGACCGUAAAAUUGCUCUAGGAGAACAUAAGGUUUCAAAGCAGGUCUCGAGAGGAUGCCCACAAGGAUCGGUCCUCGGGCCCUCCUGCUGGAACCUCAUGUUCGACCAGCUCCUCAGGAUCCUGGAGGAAUCCUCGGAAGUCAACGCGAUCGCGUACGCGGACGACCUACUCGUCAUCGUAGAUGAAGACUCCAGGAAAGAAUUUGAAGAGAAAAGAAAUCGCGUAGUUAACAGCAUCACCGGAUGGUGCACGUCGGCGAAAUUGACAAUCUCCGAGCGUAAGACGGAAGCGAUCGUCCUUAAGAGCGAUAGGGUAAAAAGGAAACCCAUCGGCAGAAGGGGAGGACAAUGUCCGGAUAGAAAACGGAAAACGGCGAAAAAGACCGACCUAGCGAGUAGGCCUCCCACUAUAAAGAUAGGGAAUAAUAAUAUUAAAUUUAGGAAUUCCGUUAGAUACUUCGGGGUAUACUUCGAUAAAGGGCUGCCGUUACCUCAACGACAAGGUCGGCACCAUACAGAACGUUUUUUGAUCGCUUGAUCACUGGAGAAAAAUGGUUCCUAUAUGAUAAUUUAAAACGCAAAAGGCAGUGGCUCUCUCCAAAUGAAUCACCACGAAGUACUGCGAAGCCGGUUUUACAUUCCAAAAAGGCGCUUCUGUGUGUUUGGUGGAGUAUACGUAAUUGUUCAUUUUGAAGUGCUGAAACCUGAACAAACUGUUAAUGCAGAUCUUUAUUGUGAACAAUUGGAUCGAGUGAACCAAUCUUUAAUCGAAAAGUAUCCGGCAAUUGUCAACAGAAAAGGCGUUAUUCUUCAACACGACAAUGCAAGACCGCACUGUACAAGACGAACCUUGAAAAAAAUUAAUAAAUUGGAGUGGGAGAUACUGCCACACCCACCAUACUUGUCCGAUAUCGCACCCUCGGAUUUCCAUUUAUUCUGAUCGCUACAACAUUUUUUUAGUGGCAAAAAAUUUGAAAAUUUGCAUACUAAAUAGAAAAAAGUUGUUGAUAACGAAGGUGAUUACAUUAUUGAUUAAAAAUAAAAACUUGUUAAAAAUUUAUUCGUAUGAAUUUAAUUUAAGAAAGCGACAUUACUUUCCGGUCCCCCUAAUAUAUGAAACAAAUUGGUUUACAGAGCGUGCUUUGUAUUUUACGAGGUGCAUAUGUAUGAAAAGAAAAGAAGAAGCUGAGAUAUGGGGGGAGAGUAUGUGACAGAAUUUUAAGCGAAAUAACGUACCAGCGAAACAACAAAAAUGUCCAGCGAAACAGCAAGAGCAACCAGCGAAUGACACACCAACGAAACAACGAGAAUAUCCAGCGACUGGCGAACCAGCAAAACAGCAAAACCAAUCAACGAAUAACGUACCAUCGAAGCAACGGGAGCGAUCAGCGAAGUAAAAAUAAAUGUAUCAGCGAAACAGCGAGAAAGACCAGCAAAAAACGCGUGAUUUUGGUUUUUAUAGUUUCAUGUUUGUUAAAUAUAGUUUUACAGUCAAGCUCAAGAUUGUUUUCCUUAGCAUUGCGUCUACCUAUCAGUAGAGUAAAAUUGAAUGUGCCAUCUUUUCCAUUAUUUAAAAAUUUUUUCUUACAAUAUUGCGAUAUCUUAAAUAAAAAAGAUGAGUUUAUAAAAAUUUUCUUUCUACCGCCUAAUGUUAUAUUAUUAAUACAACUUAUGAACCAAGAUGUAAUUGAGUGUUUCAAGCGAUAUUAUAAGAAAAGCUUAAUGCGUAAAUUUAUUCAGAGAUGUAAUAACACUAAGAACGAUUUAUUAAAUGCAUAUAAAAAUUUAAAUAUGAAGGAAUGUAUAUAUCUUGUUGCUAAAGCGUGGGAUAUUAUAAAUUCUACGUAAAAAAAUGGAUGGAAUAAAUUGAUAUCAAACAUAGAUUAUAUUGUAGAUAACGAUCAAAUAUCAGAAAUAUCGAGCGAUGUCAAUGAAAUUCUUAAGUUUAUAUAACAUAUCAGAAUAUACAAAUUGAAAGUGAUGUAAUAGAAUGGCUUAAAAAUAAUAAAAGGAACGUAAGUAAUGAAGAAAUUUUUAAAAAGAUUAAAGAAAUCUUCAACGAAAGAAGUAGUAAAAAAAGACGAUAUAUUCAAUAAUCUUCUUACAUAUUCUGAAGAAUUCGCAACAUCAUCAGAAAAUGAUCAUCAGAAAUAAUCAUCAAUUAGUAUGAAGCAUAACAAGAAAGUAAUCUCGUGGAAUUAUUAACUUAAAAGAAAAAUGCAAUUUAACAGCAUAGAAAGAUUGAGAGAACGAAGAUGAUUAAAGCAAAUGUAUUAAACAUGUAAUAUGUAAACAAUUAUGAUUUUUUACAUAAAUCAUAAUUUUUCAUGUGAAAUGUAGUUAUGUAAAUCGUUCAAUUAUUCAAAAAAUUCGAUUAUCUGAUCGUCAUGAAUACUAUUAGUUUAGAUAAUCAAGGUUCUACUGUAUCAGGUAUGUUGUGUGAGAAGUAUUUCCAAGUUUUGAGAUUUUUAACAUUGGUAGCAUUUCUGACUUGAUUUCCGUGCUGAUGUGGAUAUCGAGUCACAAAUUAGCACAACAGCUUCAACAGCUUGUCUGAAGCUGUAACUGUGUCUGUAAGCUUACUGGCGAUAUUUGUUUAUAAACAACUCGCGAGCGAUACGAACGAACGUCUUGUCUACAAAACUUUUUAUAGAGGAAUGGAGAAAUUCCUAGUAGAUUAUUGUUUAGUAUCAAUCAGUGUAGAAAAAUCGUAGGUAUAUUAUUGAAAUAUUUAUUAUUGAAACUAUUAAUUUAUACGUAUUUAUCAUAGCCCAUAGGAUCGGUACAGAUAUUUUUAAACAGUUUCAUCGCUUUCACUUUUAUGCAUAUUUUAGACAGUCAUAGUAUUACUUUGCUAUUGGCUUGGUAACUAAAUGAUUGCAGAUUUUAAAUAAGAAGGAAAAUUCAAAAUUUUUGCUUAAAAAUAUAACUUUAUUCAAUUAGGUAUUGUCCGUUUUUAUCGAUGACUUUUUGUCAUCUUUCAGGCAGUGUCAUAAUUCCAUGUUCAUAAAACUUCUGAUUUUUGUCAGCAAAAAACUGAAUUAAAUGUGAUUUUACAUCACCAGCGUCAUUAAAAAUUUUACCGUUUAAGGAGUUCUGCAUGAAACGAAAUAAAUGGUAAUCUGAAGGCGCAAGGACAAAGCUAUAUAAUGGAUGUAACAACACAUCCCAACCUAGUUUCAAUAAUUUUUGGCGAAUGACCAAAAAUGUGUGGGGCUUUGCAUUAUCGUGCUGGAAAACAACACCCAUACGAUUUGUCAAUUCUGGCCGCUUUUCUUGAACUCCAUUGCUCAGUUUGGCGAGUUGUUGAAUGUAAACGUUUGAAUUAAUCGUUUGGUUUUUUGAUAAAAGUUCAAAGUGCAGAAUUCCCUUAUAAUCCCACCAAACUGAUAGCAUAAUCUUUUUUUGGUGAAUCUCAGCUUUUCAUGUCGUCUAGACUGAUUCAUCCUGCAUCACC